AUGGGGUCGCUAUAUGAUGACUUACUCGAUGACAUAAGAUCACAGCUCAAAGAUGGCCUCGAAAAGAAAAAUACGACAGAAAAAUUCGCCACACGAGGAAUGGUCAAAUAUGUCCUUUCGCCGUCAAAUCUGGAGGCUGUUUAUAGAGCCUUGAAAGCCGCGAAUGCAAAAAUGCCAACGGACACCGACCAAGUCAACGCACGCAAAUUUGCGGAAAAGGUUAAGGAAAAGAAACUUCAACAUUUCUUGGCAGUUUUAAUUUACACCAAGUGCUCAAUCGACGCCAUAAAGGAAUUUCUGGAUACGCUAGUGUUUGGAAAUAAGGCGGAGUUUCAAGAAGAAGACCAAGAGACACCAAACCUCUUACCAGCCAGCAAGGAAUUUCUUGAACGUCUCUUCUCACGGCCGUCUGAUAGACGAGACUUUUUUGAUGAGCAGCGUCCCUUCUGCACCCUGGUGCUUGGGAGUCUAGAUCUUGUGAUGAUUCGCAGCGAUGACCAAAAAUCACUGCCAUGGCUGGAGCAAGAGCAGAUCGGGUCCGGAGCUUUUGGCGUUGUAUAUAAAGUUACGAUCCCGAAGGGCCACUUAACCACGGAUGGGAAUUUCAGCCAGCCUACUUCGAGACCCAUGACUAUCGCUCGCAAAGACUUUAUCUGCGUCGACACCGCAGAGGUAAGCUUCAAGAAGGAGGUCAGAGCAAUCAGAGAUAUCUUCAGCGGCCAGGCGACGCAUGACAACAUCCUCAAGAGUUUUGGCACUAUUGUCAUAGAAGGAAAGCCAUCAACCUUUAGUCUUCUUAUGCCAUGCGCAGAUCUGGACUUGCAGGAGUAUAUGAAGAGAAAUCCGGAAAUAUCUCCUAGCGACACGAGUACACGAGAGAGCAUCAUUCGCUCUGCUAGAGAGCUUGCAGGCGCCCUUGAUUUUCUUCACAGGAAGAUGACUACAUCAGAGGGCGAUCCGAUUGUUUGCUACCAUAUGGACCUCAAGCCGAGCAAUAUUCUUAUCUUUCACGAUACUCGCAGAAGAUCAGAAAAUUCCAUUCGUGACAUGAUAUGGAAGCUUAGCGACUUUGGUCUCUCGAGAGUGAAGACAAGAACAAGGUCACAAGCAGAUCUAAGUAAUCUCUUCAGGACACGCUUCAAAGACCAAUCCGGCCAAGCCUCAGCGACUCAAAACUUCCGAGGUACAGACAUGUUCCUACCAGUCGAGGCAGAACUAGAAGGCAGGACAAUGAAUGAGAAGAGUGAUAUUUGGUCAUUCGGUUGUAUUCUCAGCCUCCUUUUCACAUAUAUGGGAGAAGGAUACAAAGGCUUCGGAGGCUACAGCGAGUCACGACUUCUGUGCAGCAACAAAAACGUCGACUGUUUUUAUCAGUACAACAAAUCCAAUAUCGGCUUCGAGAUUAACCGUGGAGUUGUUGAGCAGCACGAAAAGUUGAUAAAAUUAGCCGCCGAACAGAGUCCUUCGGAAGGAGUUGCUGUGAGAUAUAUGCUCAAGUCCCUAGAGAGUGAGUUGCUCUUGAUCGAUCAGGGCAGUCGGUGUGGUGCAGAUAGAAUUGUCGAACUUUUGCAGGCGACACUGAAGAAGUACAGCACCGUGGAAAGCGAGCUCAGCAUCACUGAAAACGACUCAAUGCCUCAUUCCCUAGUUCAAAAGGCACAAGAGAAGGUUUUAGGCCUUUUCCGACGCAAGAGCAAGCAGUCACUCGCACAGACAAAUAUUCGUCGAUGGAAACUAGAAGUGGACAAGAAGCUAAAGUACAAAGACAGCGUGUGCUCGCCAGAUGGUAUUAGGGUAGCCUACUGGACCAGCAAAACCAUCACACUGUUCGACGACCGCUCUGGAUUAACCAAUGCAAUACCGUACCGCAGGGUCGAUAGUAUGGGUUCAAGAAUGAGUUCAACGGACAGUGAGCGAGAGUCUACCCUGACAGUCGCUGGACAAUAUUCCCUUGCAGAUUGGAGUCGCUCGUGGAGAUCAGUGAGGCUAACUAACAGAUACUUGAUCGCAGCAACGACAGAUGAAUUGUUCAAUUGUUACAUAUUCGACGUCGAACUUGACCGUAAGCUGAACAUGUACAGCAGAGUGACACUGCCACAUCCAGGAAUUCAUAUGCUGGCAGUUUCCCCUGACAGGAACUCCUUGGCCUGUAUCCUUCAGGAUAAGAGAGGCCGUCCUUCAUUAUUCACUGGCAGGAUUGCAUUCGAUCCAGCUUCUCAGCCUACCCCAGCAGCAAGCAUCUACUCGGACACGACGAGGAGCGAACAUAAAGAUGCUGGUGUUUGUAUCGCCGAUCAAAAGGCUACCCUCCUGGAAUUGCCUCCAGGCGAGAUCACCUGUCUGACCCUUGAAACGAGAAACCAAGGAUAUAUAAUUAUCCGCCAGGGUUCAACUCUAUCGGUGAAUAUUUUCAUCAUCGAGCCUUUAGAUAUGAAGGAGCAAGCUUUAAUGCAAAGGUCCACGAACAAUAAUGCCGAAAGAUUAUUCACCGACAUGGCGUGCCUUCAGAUUGACAAUCAGAGCCGGAGAUCCGAACUCAUCAUAGCAUCACAAGCAGAGCGACUGUACCAUCUCAGAUACGAAGGUUUUGAAUCGAGUCCAACGGUAGUCAUCCAUCCGCCCAUCCAAAGCUAUCGUAUUCUGAAGAUCGCAACUGUCGAGCACUCGAGAAAGAUUCUUGCUCUGGGGUCGCAAUCUGGGAGCAAAAGUCUUCUUCUUUUAAACAUUGAAACCCAAAGUCCAGAUGUUCGGCCGAAGAUUACGAAGCUGGCUGACCUCGGUGUAUCAGCGGGUUAUCAAGCAAAACUUGGUGUUUCUUGUGAGGGAAAUGAGACUAUUGCACGUAUCAUGGUGGACAUGCUUGAGGGUCGGUAUUUUGUGUUUCAGAUAAAUGUCAGCAACUCGCUCGGUACAUAG